AUGGUCGGAAAUUGGGCACAAGACUUUGUUGACAAUCGUAACAACAAUGAGCAAGAUGAAGACUUAGACCCAGCUGUUCGUCGUCCCCGCAAAAAGUCAACAAAGGCUAAACAGCUCGAAGAUGAAGAAAAAGAGCGUCAAGAGGCCCAUGAGAGCCGGUUGCUGAAGAAACAACCUCAAUACAAAGACGGCCCUCCAAUGGGUGCACGUCACGCAGACCAGCAAGCGCGUGGGGCCAGUCUUCAUGCCGCCUGCAGCAGUCCCAGUUUGCAAGCGAAGAAGUCUUCCUCCCAAAAAGGACGAGUCAUGUUGCCGAGGCGACGCUCAGAAGCAGGCCCGGUCGGUAUCCUCAGCCGCCUUCAUACUCUGUCAGUCCUUAUUAUUACACAUACCAUCAUGGACAUGCUCCCCUCCAUGCCACCCACAUCCCACGAGGAGUUCGAAGAUGAGCUGUCCAUGGCCAGGCGAGAAUCACAGCGCCCUGAUGAUAUCCCCAACUCAUCAUCUUCACGCGGCCGUAAAUGGUAUCGCACACCACCAGAACUGGAUGAUGAUGACGAGCCAGCCCCACGCCCGUCGAACGUGCAGAGGCGCCGAGUUGUUGACUCAACUUCUCCAGAGCCCGCCAACAUGCCCAACCACACCAACUCCUCGUGUUCCCAAUCUGCGCACUCCUCUCGUGCUGCUUCGCCUCCACUCUCCGAACUCAACUACCCCGCCACUUCACGUUCCACAUCUACUCACUCCUCACGUGCGGCCUCGCCUCCGAGUCCACCAUCUGAGCCCAAUCGCACUGUCAGUGUACGCUCCCAACCAGCUCGCUCCCUGGCUACCACUGCACCUCCUUUAUCCAAAGAUGAUACACCCAGUGUCGACCUCAUCCAGCCGAAGCACAAGCCAUACACGGCCUCCACCCUCGCACUCAAAUGCUACGAGCAACCGGUACACCCUGUCUUCACGUUUGCUAGUUCUCAUUUUCUCGCACUCGCAAUUACGCGAGGGAUGUGGUCCGAUGAUCUAACUUAUACAGGGUGGGGCAAGGAGAGCUGGCGAGUUUCGCAGAAGAAGUGCUCGUCGAAAAUCACCUACGACAACGGCCUUCUUGCUUUAAUGCGCAAGCGCAUCUCCACGACCACCUCAAAGUUGAAGAAGGCCAUAUCCCCCAUUGUCGACACUCACUACGGCUUCAUCUCGUCGUCCGAUGACAAAAUUAUCGCCGAAAACAAAUCUCGUGCUCAGCGCCUCCGAACUAAGUUUGGCAUGACGUACAAGCAACUCGACAAUCUUCAAAAAUGUCUCCGUCGCGAGGGUAUGUACCAGCAUCCGAUCUUCCAGCAGGCCAUCAACACUGCGUGGUUCCAUGAUGACGAGGGCACCGGUGCUCGAUUCCUCAACAUGUUCAAACCCCUUCCUAUUCCGGCCUUGGCCAUGAUAUGGGCUGUGAUACACGCGCGCAUCGACGAAUGGGAUAGUGGCACUCAUCGGCCCGAGGACUUCAAUAGGCACAAGUACCGUGAUCGCCUCAAGGACCACAUCGCGAACCUCGAGAAAUUUGCGAUCAUGUCGCAGGAAUGCCAUACUGACCUUUUCGAGAAAAUGCGGACGACGUUACUGGAGAAUGCAUGUUUAAACGCGGGGGUAGCCGACAAGCUCCAAGAAGCUCAAGCUGAAAAAUCGGAUGAGCCCUCCACCCUUGAAGACGACGCAUUCCAUGAGGAGUUCCGGCGUUAUCGCGAGUUGUCACGUGCUGCGAGUGAAGGGGCUGAUGGCGAAGGCCGAGGCGUUGAGGUGGAAGAGGGUGACUAG